AUGAUAUCCUCUGGUAAUUGUCAAUUAAUGCAUCUUUGCAAAGGUCCCUCGAAUUUCAGAGCAUGCGCAGUUUGUUAUUUAUAGUCAUUCGCUGACCUUCCUCUUUCAAAGCACAAAGCAACACUUGCAUGACUUCACUAGUUCGCCCGUACUCCCCUAAAUAGGAACAGCUAUUAUGUCCUCCAAAACCUAUUACGUCAUUGUCGUUGGCUAUAAAGGGCAAGGCAAAUCUGAAAUUGUACAGAAACUUUCCGGGGACAAUAAGUAUAAAGGAAAAGACGAUAAAAUUACAAGCAAGAAAUUCGGGCUUUCGGGCUCGUGCACUGUCCAAAUUGUUGACACACCUGGUUUAGGCUCGCUGACCACAUCUGACUACCAGAUUUUGGACAGAAUAUCCAAGGAAGCUAGGUGUAUGGAGCAAGUGGACGCGAUAUUGAUUGUGUUUAAAAUGGGCCGAAUUAAAUGCACUCAAAUGGAAGCUGUAAACCAAUUUCGCAAAAUUUUCGGAGACGAUUUCCUUCAGAAAAGUAUCAUUGUGCUUACAUUUGCUGAUGUCAUAAAACAGGAAAACACUUCGAUCGAAAAAUGUAUUGCCAAUUCGCCUGAGCCAUUCCAGAUCCUUUUCAAACAAUGCGGCAAACGAAUAUGGUGUGUAGAAAACAGUGACUGGGAAGACCGAGAACAGAAACAAGACGAGUUAAUGGAGCUUAUACAAUCCGUUGCAAAUGUGCACUAUGAAGUUCCCGGUGCUGAAAGGGUAAAGGUGAAAUGUUGCCGUUGUUUGCGCCGUUGUAGAAUGUGUCUAACCGAAUACUGGUGUCAUUGUAUGAUGUUUCUAUUCUACGUGAUUUGCUGUGGAAGAAAACCUGUGUGCAUUGCUCUCACUGCUCUUGCCGUUGGUGUUUUUCUUAUCGUUGUUGUUCACGUCGCUUUUGACGUUACCAAUAGUUAAUCAUGCACUAAUCCAAAGCAACUGAACUGUUUCAUUCAAAAUAAAAUAUUUACUCCCAUUCCCACUCUAGAAUACAGGAUACCUUCAAAAUAGUUCCCUUUAAUAAACUGACGUGGUCACGUAGCAGCCACUUGGCUUCAACGCGAUGUCCUGCGUUUUGUGACGCCGUUAAGUGAUUAUUUAAUUAUCAGCGUCUUUAAGGAUCAGAAAAAAUAGCACAUGGGCAUUGGGACAUGAUCAUCUUUGUUUUCUUUUAAUAUACUGUGAAGAACGAUGCCAAAACCGCAUACAUUUAGGCCCAAAGUUGAAUGUUUAGAUAAAUUACCCUUUAGAACGUUUUAUAGUGAAGUUUGGAAUUUUCCUCCCAUGUGUAUUACUAUAUAAAAUAGACGUAGUUAUGAAAUAAGUGUAUGUUAGAUAUAUACAUGUACCAAAUAGUAAAUGUUUUAUCAUCAUAUAUAUGAAUAAAUUUCAAUAAAGACUAAAUCAACAUUAAAACCAGGUGAUGAAUACUGCGCAGUAGAGGUGACUGCUGACAUUGUGAAUUAAUUAGCUGUAUAUUAAGUAAACUAAAUGGUGGUUAUAUCUAUCAUGAAACGCUGAAUAAAUGUAUUUAUAUUGUGGAUCACU